ACAUACUAUAUGUCAAAUGUUUUGAAUAUUUUUUAGUAUUUAGAAUAUUCAGAUGUUUGUGCCAUUUUUGAGUUAAAACCAAUAUUUAGCAAUGAUAUUAAGAUGAAACGCCUAAAUCCACAUAUAAUUUUCAUUUUUGGGUUUUUAACGGGAACCAUAAUUUCAAUCUAUCUCCAGAAAAAGGAAUUAACAGAAUUUCGCCAAGAAUUUAAAACAAAUACAGAAAUUAAUCCAAAGCAAUAUUAUAACAGAAAGUAUUUAUCCUUCGAUUCUCUGAGAUAUGGAAAUAAUAGUUAUCCAACAGAAUCUGAAUUCCUAUUCAAAAAUAUACAAAUUUUAUGUUUAAUUUUGGUUCUCAAAGAAAAAAAUGUUCAAGCCAUAAAGAAUACUUGGGGAAGGGGUUGUAACAAAAUCGAGAGUUUCUAUAUUAAUAAGACAAGAACUAUAUUUCCCUCAAAAUCAAAUCCAAAGGUGAAUUUAUGGAGUCAGUUUUGUGAAAAGUUAAAUAAAACUCCCUUAUAUUAUGACUGGCUCUUGAUUGUAAAUGAUGACACAUUUGUUAUUAUGGAAAACUUGCGUCUUUAUCUUCAACAUAAAAAUAGCUCAAAGCAUUUUUAUUUAGGUCAUUCUGUUAAAUUUUGGAAUACAAAUUAUAAUUUGGGUAGAGCUGGAUAUGUUAUUAGUAAAGGAGUGUUAACCUCGAUGAGAAACUCCACUUGUGAUAAUGAUGUAUCUUAUAAGAAUAAAGAGGAUUAUUUAUUAGGUAGUUAUUUGAAAAAACUGAAUAUUUCUGUCAUGGAUACAAAAGACAAUUUUGGUUUUUCAUUAUUUCAUCCCUACAAUUUGAACAGACUUCUUUUUCCUGUUGACAACCAUAAUUUUCAAUCUGUUUAUGAAGCUAAGUGUUGUAGUAGACAUACAAUUACUUUUAAUGCAAUGGAAGCGGACAAGAUGUACACUUAUUAUUAUAUGCUACACACUUUGCAAUUAUUUUAUGAUGGGACUUUAGGAAAUCGACAACCAAAUAAACCACCUGAUGAAUAUAUUUGGCAAAAAUUUUUGAAGGAUCAUGACUUGCCAUUGAAUAUAUCUAAUGAAGAAUAUUAUAAUGCAUGGGAUAAAUUGAUUGAUAGUCCAAAUUCUUUUGGAAGGAACAUGAAGAGAGAAGAUUACGUUGAUAUUAGUUAAUAUGAAAACUAAUACAGGUACCACACUUUUAACUAGGUAAUUGGAAAUUGUCCUAGUUUGAUGAAUCUACAGCACAUGAUUUCAAUCUAUACCUUAUAGUGAAGUGAAAAAAAUAACUCUAAUGAUGAUAAAAAUAUCAUCCUGUACUAAUAUUGUAAAUUUAUUGUCUAUAAAAUAAACGAUAAAUCUG